AUGGAUUUGCAUUCUCAAGCGAAACAAUUGCUCCAGCAGCGGGAUGAGAUGGACGAGAAAAUCAACGAGUUGCUUCUCGUUCUCGAGACGGUGAGCACGUUUCCCGAUCUCAUUUCAAAAUGGGAUUUCAGAAUAACAGCACGAUGGACUCUCCGCUGAUCGACGCCGAAGGAUAUCCGUUGAAUACGAUCGACGUGUACGCCGUCCGCCACGCGAGACACGAUCUCAUCCGUCUCCGAAACGACCGUGCGCACCUGACCGAACAGAUUGUGGCGGAGAUGGAGAAGGAGAAAAAAGAGCCGGAGCCGUCGGAGGAGAAGCCCGUGCAUCGCACUUCAAACGAGCCUUUUGUCAAGAUCUCUUCAGUCGUCGAGGAGUCGCCAGCGGCCAUCGGAGGAUUCCGAAAAGACGACCAGAUCAUCCAGUACGGCCCACUUCACCACGGAAACUUUGAAGAUCUGCAGCAAGUGGCAAAUGUCACCAAGCAAUCAGAGAACGUAAGAAAAGAAGGCGUCCAGGGGGAAAAUGUCGUUUUCAGAACAUCAUCCGCGUCACCGUCAUCCGUGAUGAUCGUCCGAUUCGUCUCGAGAUUUGUCCGAAGAAAUGGGCUGGCGCGGGUCUUCUCGGAUGCAACAUCGUCCCGAUGACUGGCAAAAACGUCUGA